AUGCUUGCUGCAGGACAAGAGACUUUCAAGUCUCGUAUUGAUUCUCAUCAGUCCACACUUCUACUUGUCGCGACAGCCUCAAGACGUCUAUUACAAUCGGGUGAUAACUGUGAUAAUAACGUCGAUGAAUGUGCCUUGUAUGACGGUACACAUGGUGGAUGCCAGAAUAACGCAACAUGUGUAAAUCAUGACACAGGUUUCAGAGGUGUGCUGCUGUCUCGCAUCCAACACAUAAAUAGCAACAUUAACAGUGUGCUCGUCAUCGCUUUAGAUGCAAUUGCCGAGCCGGAUUUCAUGGUCCCCUGUGCCAAUAUCGACAAUCCACAUGCUCUCGAUCAAUCGAAUUGUGUGGGCCUUAUGGGCACUUAUAAAUGUAUUUGUGAUUGGGGGUACAAGGUUUCCGACGACAAAUUGAAUCCAACGUGCGUCGACGUCGACGAAUGUCAGGACCAUCCCUGUCAUCCGGGUGUUGACUGCAUCAAUCUUCCAGGGAAAUUUCAAUGCACUGGUUGUCCUAAAGGUUAUCACGGCAACGGUCAAAUAUGCGCAGAUAUUGACGAGUGUGCAGCAGCGAACUAUCCAUGCUCCUCAAAUCCACAUGUCCCAUGCUUUAACACAAUCGGCUCGUUUCAUUGUGGUAGAUGUCCACCAGGUUAUCGUGGCGACGGUCGCACGUGUCGUCGGCAUUCCGCAUGCGAUAACGCUCCGUGUCAUCCUGAUGCCACAUGUGUUGAAGAUCCGACGUCUUUGAAUCCGGGUGGCUUUAUCUGUCAUUGCCCAGUUGGUACUAUGGGAGAUGGAAUCGGUGAACAUGGCUGUCAGACAAGCAAUUCUACUAUAUGCAACGUAGGAAAAUGUAUGAACGGAGGUACCUGCAAGGUGUCGGUAUGCAUUGGGAACCCUUGCCAAAACGGUGGCAUAUGCGAAGAUAACGGUAUUGGAAUGGUGGAGUGUACUUGCCCUAUCGGUUUCUAUGGAUCAUUAUGUCAAUUCGAGGAAAAUGGUUUCUCCAGACCGAUUAAGGAAUGGAAAGCCUUGCAUUUGAGUACUCAUAGCAAUGUAGUUUGUCUUUCUGAUCGAUCAGAUUCACUUGUGGCACCCUACGUCAAAUUCACGAUAACGCUUUAA